UUCCCGGCGGGGGGGCAGGGGACGGGGCGCUGCAGGAGGCCAGGGACUCCAGGCGGAGGAGCCCUAAGGAGACCCACCUGAAGACUAACGAGUUGCCAUGGCAUCCUACUACGAGAUCCUAGACGUGCCGCGAAGUGCGACUGCUGAUGACAUCAAAAAGGCGUAUCGGAGGAAGGCUCUACAGUGGCACCCAGACAAGAAUCCAGAUAAUAAAGAGUUUGCUGAGAAGAAGUUCAAGGAGGUGGCCGAGGCAUAUGAAGUGCUGUCUGACAAGCAUAAGCGGGAGAUCUACGACCGCUAUGGCCGGGAAGGGCUGACUGGGGCAGGAACUGGCCCAUCUCGGGCGGAAGCUGGUGGUGGUGCGCCUGGCUUCACCUUCACCUUCCGCAGCCCUGAGGAGGUCUUCCGGGAGUUCUUUGGGAGUGGAGACCCUUUUGCGGAGCUCUUUGAUGACCUGGGCCCCUUCUCAGAGCUUCAGAACCGGGGUGCCCGACACUCGGGCCCUUUUUUCGCCUUCUCUUCCUCCUUCCCUGGGCACUCUGAUUUCUCCUCCUCGUCUUUCUCCUUCAGUCCUGGGGCUGGUGCUUUUCGCUCUGUUUCUACAUCUACCACCUUUGUCCAAGGACACCGUAUCACAACACGCAGAAUCAUGGAGAACGGGCAGGAGCGGGUGGAAGUGGAAGAGGACGGGCAGCUGAAGUCUGUCACAAUCAAUGGUAUCCCAGACGACCUGGCACUGGGCUUGGAGCUGAGCCGUCGCGAGCAGCAACAGUCUGUCGCCUCCAGGUCUGGGGCCACGCAGGUCCGGCAGACCCCUGCCUCACGUUCCCCCGACAGCGACCUCUCUGAGGAUGAUGAGGACCUACAGCUUGCCAUGGCCUACAGCCUAUCAGAGAUGGAGGCAGCUGGGAAGAAACCAGCAGGUGGGCGGGGGGCACAGCGACGACGGCAGGGGCAGCCCAAGGCUCAGAACCAAGAUCCGGGCACAGUGGGGACCCCUGAGGGUGCAAGGGGUGACACAGCCAAACCCAGCCCAUCUCCAGAGGAGAAGGCCUCUCGCUGCCUCAUCCUCUGAUCACCAGGCCCAACCCACCCUGAUUCAGGGUGACCAGGGGUCCUGCUCACUAUCAGGCGAGCAGAGAGGGGCGUGACCUGAGUUACAGGCGCCUCCCCGCACCUCUGCCUCCACGCUCCCUCCCAGGUCCACACACCUCCAGCGUGGACUUGGGAUUUGCUGUGCUCAGCCCAUGGCUGAUAGGUCCCUGGUGAAGCCCAGGGUGGAGGGUGGGGGGGGUCACAGGGCAGCCAGAGGGCCUGAGGAGUCAGGAUGUGCUUACUCUUAUUAGAAGGGGAGUUUCUAAGGGGCAUUAGUGGCUUGGGUCAGGCUUUUUGUGCCCUGGUCUUCUGCCAUCUAUGUUGCUGAUGAUAUUAAGGAAGGAGGACUUGGCCUGAGGUUCUCUGAGCCAGAGUUGGCAGCUACGACUCCCCUUGUCCGGCUGCAGACACCCCCACCCUGGUUUCUGCGCAGUGUUGAGCUCUGACGUGUCUGUCGCUUCCCUCCUGGUGCUGCUGCUUCUCCCUUGCACUCUUCUCUCUGCAAUUCCCUGUGGGCCACAUCGCUUGCUUUCACUGCCGUCUGGCUGGGACUCCCUUCUUCCUUCCCCCAGAGGCCUCUUUGUGGCGAGGAAGAUGCUGUGGCCGGUAGGGCCAUAAGGUCUUCCGGGGAGGCUAGCUGGGUGGGGCGGGAGCCUCUCAGCCAUCCAGAUUCGGAACCGGAGCCCACUCCUCCUCCCUUCCUCUUGCUGCCUCAGCCUGCCCCGGGCCUUGGGACUAGCCAGAGAUGUGUUCUGAGCUGGAUGUCCUGGACCCAGAGUCGCUGCACAGUUCCAACAGGACAGCGCCCAACCCUGUGCACUGGGAGGGGACCCUCCAUUCCUCUCCCUCACCCGUGCUGAGCGUAGAGCCGGGCCUGGGUGGUGGGUGGGGGCCGGGUGGGAGGUAGUCUUAGCCUGUAAACGCUUCCCUGGGUGUUUGGUGCUGUCGCUUAGGGACUACAAGUCCCAGAAUGCAACGCACCCUGCCUCCUAUCUGAUAGAUCCUGCUUGGGGGAAGUGGUAUGUGGUUACAGAGCUGUGCAUCUUGGGACAUGUAGUUCCUGCCCUGGUCAGCCUGUCACUCACUGUGAGAUGGGGAGAUCUCGUCAUUUGAUUUGUCCCUGGCAGGGGUGGCAAGAAUGUGGAUGAAGGGGUAAUGGUCUGAGCUUUGCUUCCCUGACACCUCUUGCUAGUGCCGGGGUUAGAGUGUAUAAAUCAAGGCCCUGCAGCAUCUGGGAGAGGCUCUUUCCUGUGGGCAGUCCUGUGGUCCAAGAUUGAGCCAGGCAGAUCAACUAAGCCGGGUGUGGUCUCAGAAGGAUAGUGGGUAAGGGCUGGCAGAGAUCUUUGU